AUGUCAUCCAGUCACUGUAGUUACGAUCGCAACGAUGUGCGCAUAGGCUUCGACCCGUACAAUUACACUAGUGGACGCUGGCUUCGUGGUGACAAAAUGGAGCGAGCCUCUCGUUACAUCGGCUUUGACUUCAACGCCCUUUGUCGUAAAAUCCUUGAGUUAUCACCAGAAGCAAGCAGCAUCAUAAACUGUGAAAAGAUUGAGGGAGGCUUCAAUAGGGUCUUUGUAUUUGAAUUAAACAAUGCAAAACGGAUUGUGGCGAGGCUUCCUUUCAAGCUGGCCGGCCCAGCACAGCUUACCACCAGUUCAGAAACUGCCACCAUUAGGUAUUUACAAAUCAACACUAGCAUCCCCAUACCAAGAGUACUCGACUGGAGCCACGAUGCGGCGAGUGUCGACAACACUAUUGGCAGCGAAUACAUCAUCAUGGAGCAUGCUGCUGGAAUUCCGUUGCAUAAGAGGUGGGACCAAAUGGCCGGUGACCAGCGUGUUAAGUGCAUAGACGCAAUCUAUCGGAAGAUCAAAGAAGUGGUUAACCUAAGAUUCCCAGCUUUUGGGAGUCUAUACUUUGCUAACAGCCCUGUCUGUUCCGACAACAAAUAUGCAGUUGAUGAGGAGUUCUGUAUCGGAACACAUUGUGGAACCAGAUACUGGGACUGUGAGGGUAGAGCAAACAGUAAUUCUAAUAAUCUAAAACCAAACCGGGGACCCUGGGCUAAUUUUGACGAAUUCUGCGACGGCCUCGUUGAUGCUGGUCUUUCAAGACUUCCCCCCGUGGACUCCGAAAUAGAAAGUAAGCCGUCCUAUCAUGGCUCAGUUGAAACACACAGAUUCCUGCUAGGAAGUACGCGGAGACUUCUAAGGAGCAUGUCUGGAGAUCCUCGAAUAAGCUCUUCUACAACACCGCUAUUGUUCCAUCCAGACCUCCAUAAAAGAAACAUCUUUGUUUCGGAGGACGAUCCUUCCAUAAUUACAGGGAUUAUUGACUGGCAAGCCGCCAGCAUUGAGCCAGCCUUUUGGUACGCGGAUGAAGUCCCCGAUUUUGCGACAGGAAAUGAAAUCUGCAACCAAGCGUUCGAUGUCUGUUCUCAAUUCCUUACACCUACGCUUUCCACUCCGAGACUAAUGGAUCAAAAUCUAUUCCGACCAUUUCGAUACAGCUACAGGACAUGGAAAGAUGGAGCUGUAGCUUUGCACCACGAAUUGAUCGAGACAUCUCGAUACUGGGAAAAACUUGGGUUCGCAGGCCAAUGUCCUUUCGCUUUACCUCCGCCUAAGGAACUUGCGACCCAUCAAAAGCAAUAUAAACUUUUUGAAGCGGCGCAGAAUCUGAGAUGUGACCUGUCAGACUUGCUUAACACGGCCUCUGAUGGAUGGGUCCCAGUAGAGGAUUGGGAAACGACACAGGCUGCACAUAUCGAGCUUUUCGAUGGGAUGUUGCAGGCUGUGCUAAGUAACCAAGAGGCUGAUCCCGAUGAGCCUGUGAAGGAUGAAGAAACACUCAGGUCCAUUUGGCCUUUUGAUAUAUGA